UUUGCCGCCGCCGACGAAGAAGCAGCAUGUACGUGGUCAAGCGCGAUGGGCGCAGCGAGGAAGUCAAGUUCGACAAGAUCACCGCGCGCAUCAAUAAGCUCUGCUACGGCCUCGACCCCAACUACGUCAACCCGAUUCUGAUCGCGCAAAAGGUCGUCGCCGGCGUCUACGCGGGCGUCACGACGUCCGAGCUCGACGAGCUCGCGGCCGAGACCGCGGCCUACCAGGCCACGCAGCACCCCGACUUCUCCAAGCUCGCGGCGCGCAUCUCGAUCUCGAACCUGCACAAGAGCACGCACAAGGUCUUCUCGGACAACAUUGAGCUCUUCUACAACAACAAGCACGCCAAGACGGGCGCGCCGGCGCCGCUUAUCGCCGACGACGUGUACGCGAUCAUCAUGGCCAACAAGGAGCUCCUCAACUCGGCCAUCAUUUCGGACCGCGACUUUGAGUACGACUACUUUGGCUUCAAGACGCUCGAGAAGAGCUACCUCCUCCGCGUCGACGGCAAGGUGUGCGAGCGCCCGCAGCACAUGAUCAUGCGCGUCGCCGUGGGCAUCCACAAGGAAGACAUUGCCGGCGCCCUCGACACGUACGAGUACAUGAGCCAAAUGUACUUUACGCACGCGACGCCGACGCUCUUCAACGCCGGCACGCCGCGCCCGCAGCUCUCGAGCUGCUUCCUUCUCGCGAUGCGCGACGACUCGAUCGAAGGCAUCUACGACACGCUCAAGCAGUGCGCGUGCAUCUCCAAGUGGGCGGGCGGCAUUGGCGUCAACAUCCACAACAUCCGCAGCACCAACAGCUACAUCCGCGGCACGAACGGGUCGUCCAACGGCAUCAUCCCGAUGCUCCGUGUCUUCAACGACACGGCGCGCUAUGUCGACCAGGGCGGUGGCAAGCGCAAGGGCUCGUUUGCCAUCUACCUCGAGCCGUGGCACGCCGACAUCUUCGAGUUCCUCGACCUCAAGAAGAACCACGGCAACGAGCUCCACCGCGCGCGCGACCUCUUCUACGCCAUGUGGAUCCCGGACCUCUUCAUGAAGCGCGUCGAGUCGAACGGCGAGUGGAGCCUCUUCUGCCCGAACGAAGCGCCAGGCCUCCACGACUGCUGGGGCGCCGAAUUUGAAGCGCUCUACCACAAAUACGAGACGGAGGGCCGCGCGCGCAAGACGAUCAAGGCGCAGCAGCUCUGGUUUGCGAUCCUCGACUCGCAGGUCGAGACGGGCACGCCGUACAUGCUGUACAAGGACGCGUGCAACUCGAAGAGCAACCAGCAGAACCUCGGCACGAUCAAGUCGAGCAACCUCUGCUGCGAAGUCAUCGAGUACACGAGCGCGGACGAGGUCGCGGUGUGCAACCUCGCGUCCAUUGCGCUCUCCAAGUUUGUGACCGACGGCGUCUUCGACUUCAAGAAUUUGCACAAGGUCGCCAAGAUUGUGACGCGCAACCUCAACAAGGUCAUUGACGUCAACUACUACCCGAUCGAGGAGGCGCGCAAGAGCAACAUGCGCCACCGCCCGGUCGGCAUUGGUGUCCAGGGCCUCGCGGACGCCUUCAUUCUCAUGGGCUACCCGUUCGAAUCCAUUGAAGCGAAGAAGCUCAACAUCCAGAUCUUUGAGACCAUCUACCACGCGGCCAUGGAAACGUCCAUGGAGCUCGCCAAGGAGCUCGGCCCGUACGAGACGUACGCCGGGUCGCCCGUCUCGCAGGGCAAGUUCCAGUACGACAUGUGGGGCGUCUCGCCGACGGACCUCUGGGACUGGAAGACGCUCAAGGCGCAGGUCGCGGCCCACGGCGUGCGCAACUCGCUCCUCCUCGCGCCCAUGCCGACGGCGUCGACGGCGCAGAUCCUCGGCAACAACGAGUCGAUCGAGCCGUUCACGAGCAACAUGUACUCGCGCCGCGUGCUUGCGGGCGAGUUUACGAUCGUCAACAAGUACCUCAUGAAGGAGCUCAUCGGUCUCGGGCUCUGGAACGCCGACGUGCGCAACCAGAUUUUGCACGACGGCGGCAGCGUCCAGAACGUGGCGACGAUCCCCAAGCGCAUCAAGGACAUCUACAAGACGGUCUGGGAGAUCAAGCAAAAGGUCGUGCUGGACCUCGCGGCCGACCGCGGCGCGUUCAUCUGCCAGAGCCAGUCCAUGAACGUGCACAUCGCCGACCCGAGCGUCAGCAAGCUCACGUCGAUGCACUUUUACGCGUGGAAGCGCGGCCUCAAGACGGGCAUGUACUACAUGCGCUCGCGCCCGAAAGCCGACGCGAUCCAGUUCACGGUCGACCAGUCGGCCAUCAAGCGCCAGCAGGCGGCCAACGCUGGCAAAGCGCCGACUGCCGCGCCGGCGCCGACCGCCGCGCAGCCAGACGAGGAAGAGGAGUGCUUGUCGUGCGGUGCGUAGGCGCGUCGCCGCUGCGUAUUUAAACCCAAUCGACGCGACUUGCUUGUUUUUAUGCGUGG